AUUUCAAUGCCAUUCGAAGAUCUUACGGUAAAGUGGGAAUGAUAUCGAUGCGCGGGGGUCUUGUAGGCCUGUUUAUAGUUACCAAGGUAGCUGGCAAUGCCGUGGAGGCAGGGCCGUCACCUUUAUCACCGAACAUCUUCGACGAGUGGCGUGUAGGCUACCGUGCCAGAGAUAUCCUGCGAGAGGAGCCAUUAGAAGACCAGAUCGCUCGCUAUACACGAGAGGGUCGGUUCCCCAAGGGUGGACGCUCGCUACAAGUGAAAUUGGAUGAGGUCAACGAAUUUCUUGAUCGGGAGCUGGCGAUCGACGAGCAACGAGGUGUUGGCGUGAGUGGAGCCAUCGUGUACCAGGACAAGGUGCUGCUGAGUAAGGGAUAUGGUCUGAGCAAGUCUGACGAUCCCAGUAGCAAGGUCGCCAGUACUACAUUGUUCCAGAUCGGAUCGGUCUCGAAAACCUUCAUCAGUUUGGGCAUCGCCAUCCUAGAUGAGGAAGGAAAGUUGUCGUGGGAUGAUCCGGUAAAGAAACAUUUCCCGUCCUUCCGACUUUACGACAAGUAUGCCGAAGAGUACGCUACCAUCGGGGACUUAUGUGCUAUGAAUUCCGGACUAAACGAUCUCCCUGAUAUUGGUCGCUUUUUUGGACUGUACCCAACGGAUGAAGAAUUGAUGCCGGGUCUCGCGUUCAUUGAGCCAGCACAUACACUUCGUGGUGGUCAUGACUACGCCAAUGCGAAUUUUGCCAUCCUCGGACAGGUAAUCAAGAGCGUGACUGGAAAGUCAUGGGAUGUUUUCCUGAAAGAAAGAAUUUGGGAGCCUUUAGGAAUGACUCGAACGUUUGCGUCAGCUUUCGACGCUCAAGGAGACAACGACACUAGUUACGGUCACUUUUUAUGCGGUGAAGAUCUCCUUGGACCCUACGAUCUCGUCGAGAACCCGGAAGCUCAGCUCGCUGGUCAUGGCCAAGGCCAAAAAAUUGCAUCGGGGUCCACACUUUCGAGUUCGGACGACCUAGCCACGUUACUUCGACUGAUUCUGAACAAAGGAACAGCAGAUGGAGUCACGAUUUUGAAGGAUCCUGCUUCAGUGACCAAAAUGAUCACGGGUAAAUAUGCGGUCAAUAAGGAGUUUAUGGACCAGUUCUUGAUCGAGGGGCAUCAGUAUUACCCGGACGGGAACACUCUUGCUUCAGGAUACGGCUUCGAUUAUAUUGGCAUUGGACAAUGGGGUCACGCGUAUGUCGACAAGAGUGGCGAUACCGCAGUGCAUGUAACUCGAACUGGUAUUGCUCCUGAUGCGCAGCUCGGCGUGAUGUUUAUGAGCAAUACUCAAACUCCAGACGGACAUCUCUCUUACCCGCUUGAUCAUAUACGUUCGUAUGUUAUGGGGGUGUUUUUGGAUGUCCCGAAGGACAUUUUGGACUUUGCGUAUCGUCAGUGGCGCAACAACGAUAAGCUGAUAUCUAUCAUGGAAGGUGUACCGGCUUGUGGACUGCGCUUCUGGAAGAAUCCGCCGUAUCGCUCCCUCAGCUCUGUGGCGAGAUCGAAAAUGCUCGGAAAGUAUACAGCCCAAUCUUCUACAGGGUUCUUCGGCUCACUUGAAGUGCGCGAAGAAAGAGAUGAUCUCAUUAUGGACUACGGACUUCUAUCCGCUCCGCUGAAAUAUUACACGGACGAAGGACGUAAACGCAUUUUCGUGUGGGAUUACAAGGCUUCGCCGCAAUUGAUCAAAGCUAUGAAGACGAAUGGUAAGUUUGAGCUGGAAUGUGUCAUCGUGUUUCGUCAAGAGUAGUGUUUGCGGUACCAAGCACAAGUUUGCUUAAUGAUUUUGACUUGGAUUUAAAUCGGACUACAACGCUGCAUUCAUCGUCGAUGAAAAGAGAGGCAACACAUUUAAACUAGAGAUUUCAUGCGAAUGAUAAAUCUCCCACACUGCUACAAUUGGCGUUUUCAAAUUUAAAACGCCUUAUGUGUGAGUUUCUCGAUAAGAUAAUCUAACUUUUGUUCAAGCAAGUCAAGACGUACGGAGACUUGCUUGAAGUCCGAAUUCUCCGUGUUGAUGUCAAUACAGCAACCACACUUCUCCUCUGCUUGUGACUUUGGUGAGCUGCUAGCUAUCGAUGUCUUGCGUAGACUUGGCCUUUCAGACC